AUGACCGCAUCAACCACAUUAGGGGCGGGGCAAAAGCAGCAGCAACAGCAGCACAGCAGGUCACCCGAGCAGCAGCAGCAGCAAGGGCAGCAGCUGCGGCCGCGACUGCAGCAGCAGCAGCAGCAGCAACAACAACAACAACACCAGCAACUACUGCAACUGCACCAACAACCGGAUACUACUGUUGUAGCAGUGGAUGCAACGGGUGGUGCAGCAGCAGAUGUCCACGCUGAUGCCCAUUCCCGGAAUAUCCCGGCACUUAGCAACAGCAACAGCAGCGAUGGUGCAGCGGUGCAGCAGCAGAGGCAGCAUGAUGAAUUGGAGAUUGGUGAGGAGGAUGCUUGUUCCCCAAUGACCAGUCCCCCGGAUCGUGGCCCAAAGAAACGAUCCAGAAGGAGGCGAGGCGGCCGGGGACGUUGGAAGCCGUAUCACAAAUUAUCAGUCGAGGAAAAGCUUGCGAAGGAAGAACGAGAGGAGCGCAAUGCAAUCGAAAAAAGAGAACGCAAGGAAUCGAUAUCAGCGAGCGGUUGUGUUCUGGAGCAGUUCCGACACGAGCAGUGGAGCAGUACUUUAAAUUGGGACGUGUUGUUGCCUUGA